GUAAUAUCUUUGCCAUGGGGCAGUAAAUGUUUUGAAUUUUGUGGGCUUAAGAGAUUUGACAGGUGGUGCCUAUAUAACCAUAUGUUUUCAUUAACAGAGGGUGAAGGCAGGACAGUAACAUCAGAAUGAGUCGUGACAGUAGCAUGAUUAAAUUUUGACUAGAGGCACUUUAGUUUUACUGUAAAUCAUUUCGUUGUUGUCAUCUUAUGUGUGGGUGAUCGUGCAGUUUCUCAUCCGUGAAGUACAAAUAGGCAGUUUUAAUUUCAAACUUUUAGACAAUGGAUAUAGCGAAGACAUUGUUUGGAACACGUCCUCAUGAGGGCUACCAAGGAAAGGAAGACUAUAAUGAGAAAGUAGAGACAGCAUUGUCUGAAGAUGAUGGUGAGGGAGAGCUGUCUUAUGUGGGAGAGGUGUCUGAAGGUAUCAGUAUAAUGGCUGAAGGAGUGACUCCAACUCCAGGAGGUCCUUUCUCUGCCUUAACACCCUCCAUGUGGCCACAAGAUAUUCUCAGCAAACUUGGACAGCAACCAGAUGAUCCAAAUUCACAGCCAGAUUACAGGUUUGAUGAAUUUGGCUUUCGUGUGGAGGAAGAAGAUGGUCCAGAACAGAGUUCAAAGAAACUAUUAAGCAUUCCAUUUGUAGAGGAUCCACAGCAGAGGUUGCAAUGGGUAGCUCAUUUAGAAUUUAGUCACAAUAAGGAAGUAUGUGAUCUGACAUGGGACAAAGUAGAUGUCACACUUCCCCGAACAGAGAAACUUCGGUCUAUGGUACUUGCUGGUAUACCUCACUCGUUAAGACCACAAAUGUGGAUGAGGUUGUCAGGAGCACUUCAGAAAAAAAUGUCAUCUGAAAUGUCCUAUAAAGAUAUUGUAAAAGCAUCAAGUAAUGAUGCUCUCAUGACUUCAAAACAAAUCGAGAAAGAUAUACUGAGGACAAUGCCAGCAAAUGUGUGUUUUAGUCACUUAACUAGCACAGGAAUUCCUCGUCUGAGAAGAGUGCUGAGAGGACUUGCAUGGCUGUAUCCUGAUAUAGGCUACUGUCAAGGGACUGGUAUGAUAGUAUCAUCUCUGCUGUUACUGAUGGAGGAAGAAGAUGCAUUUUGGAUGAUGUGUGCUAUUGUUGAAGAUUUGCUUCCAGCCUCAUACUACUCUUCCACACUUAUAGGAAUCCAGGCUGACCAGAGGGUACUUCGUGCCCUCAUUGUGAAUUAUCUUCCAGAUGUGGACAUGGCACUUAAGGAACAUGAUAUAGAGCUGAGCCUCAUCACUCUUCAUUGGUUCCUCACACUUUUUGCUUCUGUAGUUCAUAUGAAAAUCCUUCUUCGUAUUUGGGAUGUCUUUUUUCUUGAUGGCUCUCUUGUGCUAUUUCAAAUUACACUGGGGAUGCUCAAGAGUAAAGAAUCUGAUUUCAAGUUGCUGCAAAACUCUGCACAGGUCUUUAACCUUUUGUCAGAUAUUCCUUCGGGUGUAGAUGAUGUUGACAAGCUUCUAGAGGUAUCUUUUAAAGUUGCUGGUUCUCUGAACGAUGUGGUAAUAGAAACACACAGACGACGACACCUGGCGUAUUUGAUGGCUGAUAGUGGUGCUUUGGUAGGAAAUCCAGAAUCUGCUUCAAAUCUUCCUAAACAGCAUCUCAGCAGGAGACAAAUGAAGAAAUCAAAAUCAAUGAUUCAGUUGCUGCUAUUUGGAGAGGAGACAACAGAGGAAGAUAUCAAAUCAAAAAAUAUUCGUCAAACAGAGAUACUUGUGGAUCUUCGUGAGGCCAUACUGCAAGUUGCAAGACAUUUCAUGUCAAUGGAUCCCAAACUAAAUAAAAUUUCUCUUGUACCUGAUUAUACCAUGGAGAGCCAUGCAAAAGACCAAGAUAAUUAUGUCAGUGUUUCAAGAAAUCGGAAACGGCGAGCUAAAGCACUAUUAGACUUUGAACGCCAUGACGACGAUGAGCUUGGAUUUCGGAAGAAUGACAUCAUCAUUAUUAUAAGUCAGAAGGACGAACAUUGUUGGGUUGGUGAACUGAAUGGAUUGAGAGGUUGGUUCCCAGCAAAGUUUGUGGAGCUGCUGGAUGAAAGAAGCAAACAGUACUCAUGUGCAGGAGAUGAUAGUGUAUCGGAGACUGUAACAGAUUUAGUCAGAGGGACAUUGUGUCCAGCAAUAAAACAAGUACUGGAGCAUGGCAUGAAGAGACCAAGUUUUCUAGGUGGCCCUUGUCAUCCAUGGCUAUUCAUUGAAGAGGCAGCUACAAAAGAAGUUGAAAAAGACUUCAAUUCAGUUUAUAGUCGCCUUGUACUUUGCAAGACUUAUCGAUUGGAUGAGGAUGGGAAAGUUCUCACUCCUGAAGAGUUACUCUACCGAUGUGUGCAGGCAGUGAAUUUAAGUCAUGAUAAUGCACAUGCUCAAAUGGAUGUCAAGCUGCGAAGUCUUAUCUGUUUGGGCCUCAAUGAACAAGUUUUGCAUCUCUGGCUAGAAGUUCUUUGUUCAUGUGUGGAAGUAGUUCAGAAGUGGUAUCAUCCUUGGAGUUUCAUCUACAGUCCUGGAUGGGUGCAGAUCAAAUGUGAAUUGCGUGUUCUUUCACAGUUUGCAUUUAAUUUAAAUCCUGAUUGGGAAAUUCCAGCCAAAAAAGAACAAUCUCAACCUCUUAAAGAUGGUGUACGUGAUAUGUUAGUGAAACAUCAUUUGUUCAGUUGGGACCUCUAGGACACGGACUGUUUGUUUAAUUGGAACAGUUCCAGUUCAAAAAUGUUAAAACUUUAGGUGAUUCUGUACAGGGACUCAGUGCAAUCGAGUGAUUACUUUUUGUUUCAGAAAGAUGAGUGAGUGUGCUUGUCGAAUAUGAGAGAACCGUAAAAGAAAGAUUUUAACAUUGUAUUGUUACAUAUUUAUUGAAAGUUGUUCAAAAUAUAAUUCAAAAUGUUACCCUUAGUUAAAAAUAAGUUUUACCAUAUUUAAAGUGAAAAAUUAAUUACAAUAUUGCAAUUGAAGAAGCGAUUUCAGUAGUUUUGUGGAGAAAAUUAAGGGAGAAAUGAGUUAACCAUAAAAGUACAGAAUGGUCUAAAGAGGGUACUGAGGCAGCUCUGAGUUGCUUACAAAUCUUUCCAUACAGACAUAUUGACUAAUAAAAUAUGAUUUUUGUGUUUAAAAUAUUAAAUUAAUCUACUUGACAGACAAUCUGUAUAAAACUAUUGUCAUUUAAAAGUUUGUGAAACAGUCUGUAAUUGUUUGUUACAACUGUGUACUAAUUGUAUUUAAUUUAGUCAAGUGUUUUGUUGCUUAUCUGGAUCUGAAGAGAUGACCAUCAACUUUUUAUAAGUUAUCCAGUAAAAUACUGCUUUCCAGUUCACUUUAUUUUUAAUCAAUAAGAUGUCAUCUGCAUGUUGUGCUAAAACGACAAGUAUUGGUGCUGUUGGGUUACUGCCAGUUUAAUAAGUCAGAAGUGUGAUCAAAAAAUGUAUUGGGUGGUUCAUUUGAUUGGGCUGACAGUAAUUUAGAGGUCAGUUUUAGGAUUCUAACACUUUACCGUGAAUUCGAUCAGAUUCUUUGGGUUUUCAAGCCAACUUCUUUGUUGUUAGUGGAUGGUAAAGUUGUUAGAAAUCAAAAUGUCGUGAAUGACUUUGAUUUGUUACAAAUUAAGAAAGCUUUCCCUGUAGAAUUACCACAAUAUUUGUCACAAAAAUGAACAUAUGUGUUUCUUACUGAUCUAUAGUAUUUUUUCCUCAAAAAAUGAAAAUUAUUACUGUAACAUUGCUAUGUGUACUGAAUGAUACCCUUGGAAUUCAGUGUCAUUAGCUUCAGUCCGCAAUGAGUGGGAAAGCAGUGUGCUGACCCCAUACCCCUCCAUAAUGUACCUAAAUGACACCAUAUGGCAGAGGAUGAUACAGUGGCUGGCAUGGUCAUCUAGGCCUGAUUGUAGCAUUAUUUUUUAUCUUAGAAAGCACGUAUUAAGUAUUCCACCUCUAAUGAACCCACUGUCAGAAAAAAAUGAAAUUAUAUUUUUCUUAGAUUUGAUUCAUUGCUGUGCGUAAAAACAAUUUCCAAUGUACAAAUCUGUUCCUUUCAAUUUCAUGCAGAUACAGAAGUCCCUGUGAAGUUCCAUUCACUGAUGUAAAAAUAUAUAACAACUACUACUCACCGAGAAACUGAACUGUUAGAAAGGAUAUAGUAAGAAGCCUGGAAUAAAGUCAUUCCAGAUGCAGUGCCAUGUCAUCUGCAAAAUAAAUAAAAACUUGCCUAUUUUCUAAGUGUCUUGCCAGGUUUUCUCCUAAACAUUGAGGAAGAAGACCUGUGCAAAAUAGUUGAAAUAUCACUACUGUCUAACUGUCUUGCACUGUCUUGGUUAAGAAGACCUGUCGAGAUAGUUGAUGUGUCAACACAUAUUUUAAUUAGUUUGUAGUAUGAUAUUACACUGUACAUCAGAUGACUGACACUGACAACUUUUUUUUUCCAUUUAUAUCCAGGGGAAGAAAGUAUAGAGUUUAAGGAACUCUGUCAGCUGGUACACAAAAUAAUGAAGCUAUCUGCUUGGUUAUCAAACUCUGCCAUCCUUACUCAGAGUUUUCAUUAUCAUUUUGUGGAGUUUUAAGAUUUUUUGGAAUAUUGUAGCAUUCUAAUCAACAGCAAUUUCAGAAUAUCAUAAUUAAAUUUUAAAGUCAUUGUUUUUAUUAUCUUUUGGGAAACAAUAAGAAUGGGCCAUGUAAUUCUGUAGGAUGUUACUAAUGUUAACUUUACUGUGGCACACUUUGUAUUAUUUUUCAAACAACCUCUGCAAUUUUUGUAUAAAUGUAAAUAUUGGCACUGUUACUUGUCUGUAAGACUGAGUGUUGCUUUGGAAUAAUUAAUGUCAACCAAAUAAGAAAAUGUAAUUUUACUUAAUAGAAUGAAAGAAAUCAGAUACAUUGCAUUGUUUACUGUAAUGUAUUUCUACUGCUGAACAGCUUCUGAAAUCCAAAUUAUGACAGGGUUCCAUGUUAUCUGUGAGUAUGUUGCAAAACUGAUUCAUUGUUAUUGUGAUAAAGAACACUGUGAAUGCUUUUAUGUAAAAUUGUAGUGAUAUGACAGUGUCAAAAGUCUGCUGUGACUACAAGACAUAGGACCAAUACCUUCAGCUGCUAAACCAGAAAUUCAUUAUUUUAUUGUUGUUUUACUUUUAGUAGAGUCUAUUAAUUAUUCAGUAUUAAGAACUUUUCAUUUUAUGAUAUGCAUUUGUAUACAAUUUUAGUGUGUAUUUAUAGUUUUAGUGAGUUCCAUCUAACAAAGUUAUGAAAGUACGUUAAAAAGUUGCUUUGACCAUUUAUAUCUACUGGUAAUUUUCCAUAGUAAUCUUUUUAAGUAGAAAAGGUUAUAUAACUGAAUUCAUCUCGAAGUUUUUUUCAUUUAUUUGAACAUAUUUAGUAUGAAUGCCUUUCGUAGUUAAUUAAACUGGAAUUAAAAUGAAAUACCAGUUAUAUAAGGGCUUAAUAUUAUUAAAAAAUUGAUUCUCCAAGAUAAUUGGGACAAGAAAUAAAUAUUGUCAGUGAUGGUACUGCAGGGACUAAAUGUAGGUGUGCAAACUGUUCAGAAAAUCACAGUGCAGAGCAGUGAUUGCAUUGUUGUUGUUGUGGUCUUCAGUCCAAAGACUGGUUUGAUGCAACUGUCUACGCUGCUGUAUCCUGUGCAAGACUCUUCAUCUCCAAGCAGCUACUGCAACUUACAUCCUUCUGAAUCUGCUUACUAUAUUCAUCUCUUGGUCUCCCUCUAUGAUUUUUACACUCCACGCUGCCCUCCACUACCAAAUUGGUGAUCCCUUGAUGCCUCAGAACAUGUCCUACCAUCCGAUCCCUUCUUCUAGUCAAGUUGUGCCACAAAUUCCUCUUCUCCUCAAUUCUAUUCCGUACCUCCUCAUUAGUUAUGUGAUGUACCCAUCUAAUCUUGAGGAUUCUUCUAUGGGACCACAUUUCAAAAGCUUCUAUUCUCUUAUUGCCUAAACUAUUUAUCGUCCAUGUUUCACUUCCACACUUGGCUUCACUCCAUACAAAUACUUGCAGAAAAGACUUCGUAACACUUAAAUCUAUACACGAUGUUAACAAAUUUCUGUUCUUCAAUAACGCUUUCCUUGCGAUGGACAGUCUUCAUUUUUUAUCCUCUAUAUUUUGACCGUCAUCUGUUGUCUUGCUGUCCAAAUAGCAACUGCUUUAAGUGUCUCAUUUCCUAAUCUAAUUCUCUCAGAAUCAUCUUAAAGUUAUUCCUUCUCUCUCUCUCUCUCUCUCUCUCUCUCUCUCUCUCUCUCUCUCUCUCUCUCUCUCUUUCUCUUUGCUCAAUAUACAGAUUGAAUAUUGAAUAACAUCAGGGAUAGGGUACAACCCUGUCUCACACCUCCACCUGGUUUCUGUACAAAUUGUAAAUAGCCUUUCUCUCCCUGUAUUUUACCCAUCACUUUUAGAAUUUUAAAGAGAGUAUUCCACUCAAAACAGUCAUCAUCUUUCUGUAAGUCUACAGAUGCUAUAAAUGUAGGUUUGCCUUUCCUUAACCUAUGUUCUGUGAGAAGUGUUAGGGUCAGUACUGCCUUGCAUGUUCCAACAUUUCUACAGAAUCCAAACUGAUCUUCCCCAAGGUUGGCUUCUACAGUUUUACCAUCCUUCUGUAAAGAAUUCAUGUUAGUAUUUUGCAACCAUGACUUGUCAAACUGACAGGUUAGUUAUUUUCACAUCAGUAAGCUUUUUUUUUUUGAAUCGGCAUUAUUACAUCCUUCUUGAAAUAUGAGGGAAUUCUCCUGUCUCAUACAUCUUGCUCACCAGAUGUAAAAAUUUAGUCAUGGCUGGCUCUCCCAAGGCUAUCAGUAGUUCUAACAGAAUGCUUUAUACUCCUGGGGCCUUGUUUUGACUUAGGCCUUUAGUGCUCUGUCAAAUUCUUCACGCAGUAUCAUAUCUCCCAUCUCAUCUUUAUGUACGUUCUCUUCCAUUUCCAUACUAUUGUCCUGAAGUAACCUCCCUUGUACAGAUCCUCUAUAUAUUCCUUCCACAUUUAUGCUUUCCCUUCUUUGCUUAGAAAUGGUUUUCCAUCUGAGCUCUUGAUAUUUAACAGGUGGUUCUCUUUUCUCCAAAGGUCUCUUUACUAAAUCCUUACAUUUGGCUCCUAGCCAUUCCUGCUUAGCCAUUUUGCACUUCCUGUCAAUCUCUUUUUUUAGACGUUUGUAUUCUCUUUCGUCUGCUUCAUUGACUGCAUUUUUAUAUUUUCUCUUUUCAUCAGUUAAAUUCAAUAUUUCUUAUUUUACCCAAGGAUUUCUACUUGCCCUCGUCUUUUUACCUUCUGCUGCCUUCACUAUUUCCUCUCUCAAAGCUACCCAUUCUUUUUCUACUGUUUCCUUUCCCCUGUUCUUGUCAAUUGUUCCCUAAUGCUACUCUGAAACUCUACAACCUCUGAUUCUUUCAGUUCAUCCAGGUCACUGCUCAUAACCAAUAAACUGUGGUCAGUGUCCACAUCUGCCCCAGAAUUGUUUUACAAUUUAAAAUAUGGGUCCAAAAUCUCUGUCUUACUAUUAUGUAAUCAAUUUGAAACCUUUCGGUGUGUCGAGGUCUCUUCCAUGUAUACGCCCUUCUUUCAUCAUUCUGAAACCAGGCCUUAGCUAUGGUUAAAUUACGCUCUGUGCAAAAUUCUAGCAGGUGACUUCCUCUUCAUUCCUUUCCCUCAGUCCAUAUUCAUGUACUUUUUUUUUUCUUCUCCUUCAUUUUCCUACUGUCGAAUUCCAGUCCCCAAUGACUGUUAAGUUUUUGUCUCCCUUAACUAUCUGAAUAAUCUUAAUCUUUUAUCUCAUAGUACAUGUCUUCACUCUUCAUUAUCUACAGAGCUAGUUGAUAUAUAAACAUGCACUACUGUGGUGGGUGUAAGCUUUGUGCCUAUCUUGGCUGUGAUGAGGUGUUCACUAUGCUGUUCAAAGUAGCCUACCUGUUUCCCUACUUUUUUAUUCCUUAUUAAACCUACCCCUGCAUUACCUCAGUUUGUUUUUGUAUUUAUAACCCUGUAUUCACGUGAUUAGAUGUCCUGUUCCUCAUGUCACCAAACUUCACUAACUACAACUACAUCUAAAUUGAACAUAUCCAUUUCCCUUUUUAAAUUUUCUAACCUUCUUACCCGAGUAAGGGAUCUGGGGUUCCACGCUCCGAUCCGUAGAAUGCCAGUUUUGUUUCUCCUGAUCCGAAUAGGGGGGUAUUUAACCUCCAGAAUAUUUUACUCAAGGUGAUGCCAUUAUUUAACCAUAGCAUAGAGCUGCAUGCCCUUGGGAAACAUUAUGGCCGUAGUUUCCCCCUGCUUUCAGCCAUUUGCAGUACCAGCACAGGAAGGUUGUUUUGGUUGAUGUUACAAGGCCAGGUCAAUCAAUCAUUCAGACUGUUGUCCCUGCAACUACUGACAAGGCUGCUGCAUCUCUUCAGGAACCACUUGUUUGUCUGGCCUCUCAACAGAUACCCCUCCGUUAUGGUUGCGCCAGAGGUACGGCUACUUGUAUCACUGAUGCACACAAUCAUCCCCACCAAUGGCAAGGUCCGUGGUUCGUGAAGCGGUGAUUGCAUUAUCUGUGUCAAACAGAUGUGUUUCUAACAUUCUGGAUCAUCUAGUACAAAAAUUAAUGCUUAAGGUUUAUCCAGAAAGUUUGGUAGGCUUGUGUUGUACAAUAUUUUGUAAUUGUUGUGUAGUGAAAUGUUUUAAGUUAUAUGUAUUUGUAACAGUCUGUCAAGUGUUUAUAAUAUAUACUCUGGAAAUUGUGCUGCUAAUUUACACUGCCUUCAAUUGAAUUACAACUUAACUCUGAAAUGUGUGAUGUUGUCAUCACUAGCUCUGGAGCUUGAGCAUGCUAGUCUUAUGUACAGAAAAAUAAUAAAAAAGGAGAACAUAUCCAUGGCCAUUAUUCUCUGAAACUUAAUAUACAGCUGAUUGCAAGGAUAUACUCAGCAAGGCAGAGUGAAGGAAGCUCAAAACCCUCUUCCCCAAAGAAAAAAGAAUCUUUGUAAACUGAACUUACAUUUUUUUCCUGCAAAGCACACAUAUUUAUCAUUCUGUAUGGUUUGAAAAAAGGCAGAAGAUGUAAUGAGUAUUGAUUAGUUGCAUGUGUACCAGAGCCACAUGUGGCAAAAUCUCAAAACUGUUUCAUUGUUCAAAGGAAAACAUAAGUUAACCACCCACUCUUGCCUCGACCUUGAGUACACUCUUGCCUGAGCGACAGAAAAAUACAAAAACCUGUUACACAACAGACAAGUUGUUUCAGAAUAACCACUAUGCCUAAUUAUAGAUUACCCUGUUGUGAACUGCUGUUAUUUUCUGAUUCAUGAAGUAUAAAAUGAUAUAAAACAAAAAGUAUAAAACUUCAUCAAUUACAACAAUGUGUUGGAAAGUCCAAAAUCUAAUGAUUGUGUACCAGGACUACAAAUAUUAAAUAAGUGUUCACUAAAUCACACUGAGUUAUCCAAAAUAAUGCAUUUGUUGUCCAAAAUCAGCUGUAUAAAGAAGUAUAUAUAAGGAAAGUUUAUUGAGCUGGUAACACAUGAAAGAAACUGUUUCGUAAUGCGUGAGGAAUAAGUAACUAAUGCUCGACACCAUGAAAAUGUCAAGAAGUAAAAAAUGCUAUUGUAGAUACGCUCCUAGACUGAUGCAUGAAGACCUUGCAGAUUUGACAAUGAACAGUGGUAACCCUCAAAAAAAUUGUGCUUGUAUGCUUUUGUGAUUUAAAUUGAAGAGUUGGAAGUUUAACUUAGAUCAUCAUUUGUUGUACUGUGCAUGAGUGAAAUUUGUGUUAUAGUAUGUGAAGGAAACCAAACUUGGAAAGUAACAGAGUAAAUUGAAUAACCAGAUAACAUGAGUUCCUACUAUAAUGAAAGUCUUGUUUGUAGAGGUGUUACACGGGUAACUUUGUAAAUAAAAAGCAUCCAUUCCAAAAAAAUUGAGUGAAAUUUAUUAGACAUAUUUGUUUUCACUUGGUAAUAGCACAAAAUACAUCUGAUAGCUAAAGAUUUAAUAACAAUAAAUGUACAGGUAGAAUCUGAGCUGAAUGAAGCAAAGUGAUGAAUCAUACAGAAUGUACAACCAACACAUUGAAUAAUAUGUAUUGGCCCUGAAAUGAUAUGUAAUGUAUUUUGUGAUUAACUGCUCCCAUUGCAAUUUUCUAAAUAUUUGUUCUACUGUUUAAUAAUCUCUAAAAUAGUGAAUGUGAAUUUGAAGAUACAGAAAGAGAAUGGAUCACAGAAAUGCUUACAUUAAAAGUACCAAUAAAUAUAUUUUUGAUUUACUAAUCUUAGUAACAACUUGUAUGUUCAAUGAACAUUAUUCACAAAUUGUACAAAAGUUGCAGCUUUAAUUUGUAAUUUUGUCCAGUGUUUGUUUUUAAAUUUGAAGCAUCUGAUCUCAGAUUUUCAUAAGUACAUAUGUGAUGUUUGUUAAUGCAGCGUUUAAUUAAUUCCACAUCUUGAUGCUGCUAUGUACAAAGAUUUAGAAUAUGUCUAACAAUAUUUUUUCCGAUGUGAUAACAGAUUUCAAAUAAAAUUAUUGCUUCUUGUA